GCUAACAGUGGAUGCUCUUGUGUUGCAGAGUCGGCGUCGCGUUCAUGCUGGUGGCGGCGGCCGCCGCCGGCCUCAUCUUCACCGUCAUGAUAUGCAUCGUGUCGAAGGCCUGGCUCAACGUUCACAAGCAUUCUCGAUGUGGUGAUGAAGAGGAGAAGCAGAGACGUGGUUACUAUGCAGUGGAUGAGGACGACCCGUUCCUGCCACGGCAGACCGAGGUGGAGAAUCGAUACGGAAGCUUGGUGGGAGGCUCGAACCCACAGCCUGUGUACGUGGCGAGCGCGGCGGGGCAAGCGUCUGCUCCGAGUCACCAGAGCCUGGCGUCGACGGUGCCGGACGAUAACUCCCCGCCUCCCGCCGUAAGUCAUUAUGACGGUCAUCACAUGAACUACAUGCACCAGGGCAGUAGCCACGCGGGCGGGCAGUACGCUGGAGCGCACGUGUGAGAGGGCGCUGGCGGCAGUGUGCGGCGCGUCAACGUGACAAAAGACUGCGCGGAUGUUUCACGAGGAGAGAACGAGAUGGCUAAUGACUGCAGCAGUGAUGUAACCAUGGCGAUCACACAGAUUUCGCGUUGGAUUCGCAGCCCAUCGAGCCUGCGUGAGAAUUCGAGCGAUUUGUUUUAUUAGCCCGAUUCGUCGAAAGUUGUAAAGUUAAACGGGCGAGCAUUCGUCGGUUUUCGCUACAGAGUUGGAUGUAGUCUGUAUGCGACCCAUGCCGCAGCACGCUGGAUUCGGUGUGCUUUAGUGUAGUGGCUGUGCAGUAGCGAUAGAGCGAUGUCAAUAGCGCUGGCUUCUGAAUGGGCUUUUAUGAAAGAUGACUAUUUUGUUUAUGUACUUUAUACUUCUAACUGGACUACACAUACGAAUUUUAAAUCAAAAGUAUUAGGUUUUAAUACCUCUGUUUAUAGGAGGUGAGGCCGGUGGCUUCAUAAUUUCAGCCACCAUGUCGAUCCUACUGUAUGGUGACCUUGGAUGAACCUUACAUAUGAAGUCGUUGUAUAAACCUUACGUACGAAGACCUUGAAUGAACGUUACGUAUGAUUGUAACAUAGAACAUUUUCUAUUACAUAAGAUACAAUUACCGUAAAGCACGUCUGCUUAUGGUGGGAGAAUUUUAACGUGUUUGUGAGCUCUUUAGAAUUUAACGUGUAAAUAUGGUCUCUGUGGCCUUCGACUCACUGUGUCCCGCUGUCAUUCGUAGCAUUUUCACUCGACUCUAUCUUACUUGGUCUUGGCUUUAGUGUGAACGUCUGAACUAGUUGUAGAAGACGACUGAUCUUUCUAGCUUAAUGUACCCACAUGCAGACCUCAUCGAUGGUCUAGUUAUGGAGACGAGACCCUAUGAGAAUACUGCAUGCUGUAAGAAGAGCCUCGUGAAAAGUAGAACAGGAUGUGAUAAGGAGAAGGAAUGGGAAGAUCUAGAGCAGUGUUCACGACCGGCAGUAAACGGAAAUAGUAAUGAUUAUGAAAGGGUCCACUUUAAGUUAUGUAGAGAAAUGUCGACAAAGAUUUGGAAUGCAGCUUAACAGUGCUUGCAACCUGGAAACUUGCUAGGGCUUAAUGCAUUCUCCAACAUUCCAUGAACGUUGGCAUACCUUUCACAGACCCUGCCUACUCGGCAGCCAACGUGAAAAAUGUUAUGCACUGGUAAUUCUACUUUUAAAUUGAUUUACACUGGGUUAUUUAUUUUAAAGUGUUAGGAUCUAACCAGAAAGAGCAACUGAAGGUGUGCGGGAGUAUAAGUUGGGAGGUAAUUGUACAGCACUGUCAGAUUAUCUGUCGUCUUUAAUUUGUCGUCGGUUUUUACUGCUAUCUUUGUGUUAUAACGCUUGUUCGUGCGUGUAUCAUGGCUGCAUGAACCUCUUUUCUACCGGGACGCUUUCUUAAAUUAUUCGAGAGAGUCGAGAAGACCUGGUCAUCAGCUUUAUAGUCAUAUUCAGACUUCUGCCAGUACUGUGUCAUUGUUUUGGCGGGAAACCGAAUUCUAUGCUGAUACUGAUUGACCUUUGGUAAUCUCUGAAUCGGGUAUCUGUCUGACCUGACCUUGGAAUUUUACAGAGGUAGGGAAGGGUUAGGAAAGAGGUAAACCGGAUGGUUGAACGUGUCGAUAGAUGGUGCUCGUAAGAGAGUUGUAUCAUUGCAUUAACAAUGUUAUUAUAUUUUUGAUCGUGCGAUUAAAGUAAAUAUUGUUUUGAUUUCAUUACGCAUAAUACAUACUUCGUGCUGGGAAAGGCUUUUAUACGCGCACUUGAAGAAAUCUUAAAGCAGAUUAGCGAUUUUUUAAGUCUGAAAGAUUUGUUGUGUAAAUAUUAAGCUGAUAUAAAUAAAGCGUUGUGAUUGUGAACACUAAACAA